GGAACAACUAUGUGGUCAAAUCGCUGGGCCGCUUAUAAUAGCCUGAGUCAGUCAACAGGAUUGCCGCACAAUACUGUUAAUCACAAAUAUGGGUUCGUGGCUUCAACUGGAGUCCACACAAAUGGCAUAGAAAAUCUUUGGAAAUGUGCCAAAGAUAAAUUUAAACAGAUGCAUGGCACCUGCGAUGCUCACAUCUCAUCGUAUCUGGAUGAGUUUAUGUGGCAGCGCGGUGCUAGAGACCGCGACGAGCGGUUCCAAAGAGCUCUUGAGCUCAUCCGUACAUAUUAUGUUGUAUGA